AUGGCGUCGGGUGCAGCAGGCAAUGGAACACAAGCUUCCUUGGAAGAUAUGCUGAGUACCGAUGUCGACGAAUCGGUCGUCAACGCGUUGAAAGGAUCUCUCGAGUCACAACUCUGCGAUGAUCCGACCCAGGCAUCGAUUGGAACGGCUCAGUUUCAGCCACCGCAGCAGCAAGCUCAGCAGCAGCAAGCGCCACAACAACCGUUGCCGCCGCAAGGACAACAACAACAGCAGCAGCAAACCACAAUUGUCGCCCCUGCUCAGCAUUUCCAAGUCGCUACCACCUCGGCCAUCACGACAUCUACCGGUGCAGUUAUAACGACCGCUCAACAAAUGCAGACCGUGUCCGCAGUCCCGGUAACAGCUGGCGGUCAACAGCAGCUGAGCGCCAUGCACAACCUCGCAAAUGUUGCAUCUCAGCAGUCACCGAUCGUCGUGCAAAAACCUCAGAUCCACGUACAGGUUCGACCCGAGAGCGAGAAACAGACCCAGCCGACUGGGCUUCAACUCGUCAACGUGCAGAGAAACAUCAAACCCGCCGGACCGAGAGUGAUCCUCUCGCAGCCCAUCAGGAUGGCGACCAGUCCACAAGUCAUUCGCACUUCGCAUCCUAGUCAGUACUACCGAUUCCCGGUGCAGCACCAUCAGUAUCCUGGUUCUCAAAUGGCUGCUGUGAGUCAGCAUCAACAUCAGCAGCAGCAGCAGCAGCAACAGCACAGUUUAUACCAAAGAAAUGGUGCUUACAUACCUCAUCCAUCUAGUCACUGGUCUCGUUCCAACAACUCUAGUCCGUACAAUAUGAUGCCGACAGCCUCGUCAUCACAGCAACAGCAUCAACAACAGACCCAUAUGAAUAACAAUCGUUUGCCGAUGAGGCAAAACGGUCCCUCGUGGGACGACCACGUAGUGGGGAUGCCGAUGACGUCCAUGUACAAUACCGGGGGCCAUCCAGUUGUCGGUAGCGGCGGUGGACCCGCGGCAGGUGUACGCAUGAUGGGACCUCCUCCGCAACCGCACCCUCCCCCAUCGUCGCCGUCGACAAUGAAUCGGAUGUUAAUUCGUGAACGCCCACCUCCGUCGGCCUUCCAGGGACAUCGCAGAGAGGACAACAUCACCUUUCAACAGAGCGUCCAGCUUCGUCCUGGCACUCUGUUGAUGCGUCACGACCAGUCGGGUCAAUUCCAGUUGGUGAACAUGGCUAACAUUGGCCAGCCACGACUCACGAUUCCCGUAUCGACGCCAGCUGUUGCCAAAAGGCCUGGCACACCGCAGGUAGGCGACGACAUCUUCUUCUUAGGCGGCGGCUGCUGCAACUGA